AUGAGUUCAGCCCAAGAGGAUGGUUGGAUGUGGAACCCGUAUCUUGUUUGUAGAAAUGACCAUAAUGGUUUGAUGAAUGAACACCGGAAGAACAGGUGGUCAUGGGACUCUAAUUCAGUGUUGCAAAGGCUGCACAUGGUGGCAUUGACGUGUGCUGUACAUCUCCUAUUAAAGGUUGGGAGUCUAUGCUGGAUUGCUACCCAAAAGGUAAAGGAGAACUUGGCACCUAUGCACCAGAAUCAAGAACCAAAAAAUCGCAGGGACGUGCAGGUUCUUACCAGUCGGAUCGCAGCCCUCAGCCGGUUUAUAUCCCGAUUGUCAGAUAAGUGCAAACCAUUCUUCGAUGCUAUACGAUCUAAGAAUAAAGAUACAUGGGGACCUCAGCAGCAGGAGGCCCUCAGUCAGUUGAAAGGUUACAUGGCCGAACCACCAAUUCUAUCCGCUCCAAAACCCGGGGAGGUUCUUAUUAUGUAUUUGGCAAUUUCUAAUAUAGCGAGAAGUGCAGCAUUGAUUAGAAAGGAAGGAAAGAGGCAAUAUCCAGUCUUUUACACAAGUAAGACCAUGACAGAUGCGGAGACACGAUAUAGUAAAACAGAAAGAGUUAUCUUAGCCUUGGUCUAUGCCAAGAGGAAGCUUCGGCAUUAUUUUGAAUCUCAUAGCAUUGUGGUGUCGCAUAAAGGACAGGUUGUAGCAGACUUUCUUCUCGAAUAUGAAGACACUCCCGAAGAGCCGGUACACCCUGAACCACAGUGGGAACUUCGAGUCGAUGGCUCCUCGAAUCAAGUAAGUGCAGGGGUAGGAGUUGUAAUGUCAACACCCGAAGGCACCAAGUUGCAGCAAUCUAUCUGUUUGAAGUUCCCGGCUACGAACAAUAAGGCCGAGUAUGAGGCGUUACUUGCUGGUCUUCGAUUGGCCAGCAGCCUCCAGGUACGUUGCUUAAAGGUUUUUAGUGACUUACAGCUUGUUAUAAAUCAAGUGACAGGUCAGUACUAUCCCAAAGAGGAAAGAAUGAAAGCAUAUAAAGAAGCUGUAGAGAACGUUGCACGGGGAUUCGAUCAGAUCGAAUUCUAUCAGGUACCUUGUGUUGAGAAUGCCAAAACAGAUCAAUUGGCCAUAUCAACGUCAUCCUCAAAUGAAGAUCUGACUCGGAUAGUGCCAAUUGACGUCCUGGACGAGCCCAGCAUUAAUCUUCCGCAGGAAAUAAUAGUGAUUCCAGUUGUUCCUCGAGAAACAUACUGGAUUGAUCCAUUGGAAGCCUACCUCAAGCAUGGAGUUCUUCCAAACCAGAAGUUCGAAGCACCGAAGCUCCGUCUCACCACAGCUAAAUAUGCCAUCGUUAACAAUCAGUUAUACCGAAAGUCAGUUUCAGGUCCUUACCUGAAAUGUUUAAGCCCUACUGAGGCUCUUGUGGUGUUGAAACAAAUCCAUGACGGAGAUUGUGGCAACCAUUCUGGGGGUAGAUCCCUUGCGCAUAAAGUCCUGACUCAAGGUUACUUCUGGCCGUACUUGGCCCAGAAUGCAGAAGAGUAUACUCGGAGGUAUGACAAAUGUCAACGUCACGGUCCCAUGAAGCAUCAACGUGCCGAAUAUUUGCAUGCAAUGGCAAAUCCAUGA